UGCAGUGUAAUUAUAUAUAAUAUAUACAGUCCCAGCCAUUACACACCGCAGUCUCCGUACAGAUAUAAAACAAGAAACAGAACAUGUGGACACUAAAGAGUUAACACUGUACGGAGCUAUAGUCCUGAUACAUAGUAUCGAUUGGCUGAUACCGGAGCUUUGGUGAUUUCUCUCCUCUUCCUCUAUAUAAGAACAGGAGAUGUCAGGACGGGCCCUGGUGAUUAUUCCCGGUCACUGUAUACGGAGAGUGCCGGCAUCCGCAGCCUGAGAAUGAGCCGCCUGAACGUGAGAUCACAUAACACGGGACAAUUGUCUUCUCUCCCAGAGCGAAGAAUUACAGGGUGAGCGGGAAAUUCAAAAUCACCAACGAUUCUGUGUUCAGCCAAUCAAAAGAGAAGGGGAGGGGCCGGUAAUGUAAAUUCAGUAAAAGGAAACGCCCAUGUGGACGUCAUCUUGUUAAAGUUCUCCUUCUGGUCCGCACAUGUGCUAUAUAAGCUAGGACUCCGCGCCUCAAACUUUAUUCAUUCAAUUCUCAACCAGCAGGAUGUCGGGACGCGGCAAAGGAGGAAAAGGUCUCGGUAAGGGCGGAGCCAAGCGGCACAGGAAGGUGCUCCGUGAUAACAUCCAGGGCAUCACUAAGCCUGCAAUCCGCCGUCUAGCUCGCAGGGGAGGUGUGAAGCGUAUCUCCGGCCUCAUCUAUGAAGAGACUCGCGGUGUCCUGAAGGUUUUCCUGGAGAACGUCAUCCGUGACGCCGUCACCUACACCGAGCACGCCAAGAGGAAGACCGUCACCGCUAUGGACGUCGUGUACGCCCUCAAGCGCCAGGGCCGCACUCUUUACGGCUUCGGAGGUUAAUUCUGCUUCUACUCGGCUCCAUCUCAUCAA